AUGACCCCUACAUCCUCCAGACUGAUACCUGCAGUUCCAGAGGGAUGUCUCCCUCCCCUCACACUGCACCUCAUUCAGCCAUAUGGGCCCAGUUCCAGGACCAAACCAAGCUGGUACGUGGGCACUGAGGCCCACUCCACACUGAAGCUGCCUGAACACCACCUGGGUUACACAGCUGCACGUCUGUUGAACGGCUGGGAGUCCUGUUCUGGUCGAGUGGAGCUCCAGUACCUCAUUUCCUCACAGGCCUUUCAUGAGGGCCGAGUGCGGGUGUCUGGAGGGAGUGAGUGUGAGGGGCAGAUGGAGGUUUAUUUCAGCCUGGGCUACAGGAGAGUUCUCCUAGACUCCCGAAGUGUACCUGAAGCCUCUGUGGUGUGCAGACAGCUGGGCUGUGGCUCUGUGCUGAACUUCUCUAGCUGCUCUCCAUCCAACCCUGAACAAUGCAGCCACAUGUAUGUGACGGGAAGGCUGGAGGUUUUCCUCAACGGCUCAUGGGGGAGAGUGUGUGAUGACUCAUGGGAUAUUGAGGAUGCCCAGGUGGUGUGCAGGCAACUGCAGUGUGGAGUGGCCCUUAGUGCUCAGUGGGACAUCAAGAAUGCUGAGGUGGUCUGCAGGCAGCUGGGCUGUGGGAAGGAACUGAGGGCUGAUGGGAGUGCUGCCUUUGGUCUUGGUGAAGGGCUGAACAGAGUGGAGUGUAGAGGGGAUGAGAUUCACCUGUGGGACUGCAGUUAUUCACUGAAGACCCACACUGACUGCUCUCACAAAGAAGAUGCUGGAGUCACCUGUGCAGAUGGUCAGUCAGAGAUGAUAACAACCAGUCAUCCACUACCUCCACCAGCAGCUGCUCUGUCCACCCCUCCAGUGGUCCUGCUGGUACUGGGAGUGGUGCUCUUCCUGGCCUUAGUGCUUCUUGCUGGGCUGCUUUACCAGAACAGAGUACUCAGGAGAGUGAUCUCUAAGAGGAGGCAUAAGACUCUGCUUGAAGUAAUCUAUGAGGAGAUUGACCACAGAGUCAUCACUAAAAGGACACCUAUCACAGUGCAAAAGGAUUUGAGCAGUAUCACAAUAGAUGUCGGCCUUAUGACUGUAAAGCAAGGCAAGUUUAUAUGUAUGGUACCUUUCAUGCAAAAUAGGAAUUCAAAGAGCUUUACAGAAAUCAAUGCAAAAUCCCAUGUCACCAAUGGAAAGGUCCUGACUAAUGGCCACAGUCUCCAUCACCUUGACAGCAAUCAUCACCAUGACAGCAGUCACCACCACAAUGGCUUCACUCCAGUAGAAUUUCCUGAGAAUACCGAGAAUGGGUAUUCCAGACACGUCCCCACUUCCACUCAUGCAUCUUUGCCAUCCAAAGAAAACAUGGUGGUCUUCUCCCUGGGCUUGCUGGCUUUGCCCUUCCUGCCUGCCACCAACAUGUUCUUCUACGUGGGCUUUGUGGUUGCUGAGAGGGUGCUCUACAUCCCCAGCAUGGGCUUCUGUCUGCUGGUGGUGCUGGGGCUGAGGACCCUGUGUGUACGAGCAAGGCAGAGAAGCUCCAGGACGCUAUUGCUGGGCUGUACUGCUGGGCUGCUCCUGCUCUAUAGCCUCAGAAUGGUGCACAGAAACCAAAACUGGCAGAAUGAGGACUCGCUCUACAGGUCUGGCAUCACUGUGAACCCCGCUAAAGCUUGGGGUAACCUUGGCAAUGUCUUGAAGAACCAAGGUAAGAUGCUAGAGGCAGAGGAAGCGUACAGAAAUGCCCUGUAUUACCGUGGCAACAUGGCUGACAUUCUUUACAACUUAGGUCUGCUGCUGCAGGAGAAUGAUCGCUUCUCUGAAGCUCUUCAUUAUUAUAAGCUGGCAGUCGGGAGCAGACCAACCCUGGCCUCUGCAUAUUUGAACACUGGUAUUAUUCUAGUGUCUCAAGGCAGCGUGGACGAGGCCAAGCACACAUUUCAGACCUGUGCAGACAUCCCGGAUGAGAAUCUGAAGGACCCCCAUGCUCACAAAAGCUCAGUCACUAGCUGCUUGUACAAUCUGGGCAAGCUGCUACAUGAACAGGGCCAGCAGGAGGAGGCCCUGUCCAUGUAUAAAGAAGCUGUGAAGAAGAUGCCUCACCAGUUUGCCCCUCAGAGCCUUUACAACAUGAUGGGUGAGGCUUAUAUGAGGCUGAACAAGAUUGAAGAGGCUGGGUAUUGGUACAGAGAGUCGCUUAAGGCCAAACCCGACCAUGUCCCAGCCCAUUUGACCUAUGGCAAGCUGCUGUCAAUCAUGGGCCAGACAGCAGACACAGAGCAGUAUUUCCUGAAGGCCAUAGACCUUGAGCCCACCAGGGGAAAUUGCUACAUGCACUAUGGCCAGUUUCUGCUGGAACAGUCUCGUUUAAGUGAAGCAGCAGAGAUGGCAGAGAAAGCAGCUGACCUGGACAGCUCCGAGUUCGAUGUUGUGUUCAGUGCAGCGCAUAUGCUCAGACAGGCCAGUCUGAACGAUGCAGCUGAAAAGUAUUACAGGAGGGCAGCAGACCUUAGACCGAAUUAUGCUGCUGCUCUCAUGAAUCUUGGAGCCAUCCUCCACCUCAACAGAAAGCUUCAGGAGGCUGAGGUCCACUACCUCCAUGCACUGCAGCUCAAACCAGACGACCUGAUCACACAGUCCAACCUGCACAAACUCUGGAACAUCAUGCACAAACAGGGCCUGAGGAGUACGGGGUCAUGACACAAGCCCCAUGGCUACACACAGUUAGUAGUGAGAGUUUGAGACUUGUGAGUCUCCGGUGCAGGUGAGG